GCAGCCCCCUUCCUCCCUCCUCCCCCUCGCUCGGUGCAGUUGCUGGUUCCAGAUCAGCAGGCAGCGGAAGGAGGAGGAUGGAGAACCCAGAGAACAAAUAAGUCUUCUCCAAUCCUCCACCAGCAGGUUCUCAAGCAUACAUGGCUCACGGAAAAUGAUUGAGAUGCUUCACCUCACAGGGCUGAAUACCAGACUGCCUUCCUCUAUCAAGAGAUAGCCAGCCUGCAGGAUGGAGCCCCAGGUGGAAUGACACGCCAUCUUUCCCCUUCGGGUUUCACACCAACGUUUAACAAAGAAAAUGUUCUGGAACGGUGGAUACAUUUUUCUAGCCCUGGCGUCUCUUAUCGCUUCUUGUUCUGCCGGGGUGUCGUCGUUGGACACGGAUGGAAACCGCACAGAAAAUACUAACGUGACAGAAGGCAUCGGCUUCCUCCCAGUGGUGUUCACCAAAGUGAGCCAGAUCAUCGCCAGAGAGCGGACCUGUGUGGUGAUUGAUUGCAACGUCACCGGAGACCCAUUCCCCACCGUCGAUUGGUUCAACUCCCAUGGGGAGCGCCUGGACACGCAGGCGAGCGGGGGGAAGUGGUGGCUGCUGGACAACGGCGUCCUCAACAUCACCAGCAUCAAAUUUUCCGACAGAGGCAAAUACACCUGCAUGGCCACCAACAUCCACGGCACCUCCAACGCCACAGUGACGCUGCGGGUGGUCCUAACCAACGACGACAUGGGCGUGUACUACAUGGUGGUGUGUCUGGUCACCUUCACCAUCAUCAUGAUCCUGAACGUCACGCGCCUCUGCAUGAUGAGCAGCCACCUGAAGAAGACGGAGAAAGCCAUCAACGAGUUCUUCCGCACGGAGGGCGCUGAGAAGCUGCAGAAGGCUUUCGAGAUCGCCAAGAGGAUCCCCAUCAUCACCUCGGCCAAGACGCUGGAGCUGGCCAAGGUGACCCAGUUCAAGACCAUGGAGUUCGCUCGCUACAUCGAGGAGCUGGCCCGCAGCAUCCCGCUGCCGCCGCUCAUCAUGAACUGCCGCACCUUCAUGGAGGAGAUCCUGGAGGUGGUCGGGGUGGAGGAGAUGAGGCACACCUUCGUCAGGCACGCUCCCGAAUGGCGGCGCGACGCGCACGGCUGGAUACCCUCCAUCGGGAUGCGGGACGUCUUCACUCUGCUGCAGCUGAGGGAGAGAGAGUGCAGCGAGUCCCCCGCCGCCGAUUCGGACAGCUCCUCCCUUCACGAGCAGCCUCACCACAUCGCCAUCCAGGCGUCCGUGCACCCCCCCCUGGACGACGACGCUCUCCAGCAGCCCUCCCCAUCUCCCUCCCCUCCGACCUCCCCCAUCCUGCUGACCCCAGCGCCCCUGAAGGAGCUGCUGGAGGCUCCAGUGGAUGAGCAGAGUGUCAGCAGCAGCAGCAGCAGCCCUCCCUGUCAGGUGUUCUAUGAAAGCCAUGUGUGAGUGAACCAGGAGCAGCGCUCCGACACGCCGCUAUGCAUCUCUACCUAAAGACUAAAAGCUCCAUCACACACCCAACCAAACAAUCAUCUUUUUAUUGGCUGUUAUCUCUUAGGUUCCUUUGACAUUUCAUGAAGGCGCAAGAAUCAGAGGCUUUUUAGACACUUUUCACUUUGGAUUUUCAUGCUUGAAUGUACACAAGAGGUAGUAAUAAAUAUGUAAUAAGCAGAGAAUUGUAUCAGACGAUGUUAUUUAAGGGGAAGCGAAGAGGAUUUCUCCAGCUUUUAGUUUCUUAGAUUCUUCAGGUUUUUGCAUUUUGCCUCAUUCACUCGAGGAUUCUCAGCCGCUCUGCGUAACCACAGCUGAUUGUACACGCUUCUGCAAACAAACAUGGAGGAUCUGUGAUCAUACAGUCCUACUUAGAGACACACCCUGUGCAGCUUGUUUCUUUAGGAUAUUUUAUUUCUAGAUUAUUAGAAUGUUCCUUCAUGUGCUGUGGUUCAAAUUCUCCUUAGGCAGGUUGUUUUUCUUUCCUUCUCAUUCAGUGUUUUUGUUUUAUAAUCCAACUCAGUGAUCUUAGCUCUGUCAUUCGUCUGCAGAGGCUUUGCUGUAAACUUGCAUGUUGACGUGGACAGUUAGCUAUAAGACAAUGGACAUUAGUUCCUGGACGUAAAGGAGCUGUAGUGUUUUUUUCCGUCGCUUGCCUGAAGCUCCAGUCUCUCGCUAAGACUAGCUGUUGUGCUUUUGCUGGUGCUCUUCAGGUCUCUGUUACUUUUUUUUCCUUUUCUGUUGUAAUAUCAAAUAAAACUGCUGUGCUCUGCGAUAAACAAAAGAACAA